AUGCAUUGUUUCAGGAAACUGCAUGGUGACGCUGUUUCGGGUCUGAGCUACGCGGAGCUAGGCUCACUUCGGAGCCUGUUGGAGCAGGGGAUCCUCAGUGUGGACGAGCAAAUCGAAAAGGCAGACGAUGAAUUUACUGUCAAGCAGAUUGCAGAGUGCCAAGUUAUGGGGAGCAACUGGUCCGAAUGGAAGAAUAAAAACGACGAUGAGGAUAUCCUCUAUCAAGAGACUUUGUCGAGGAGAAGAACAGCUUUGAGGCGCAGGGCCAGAGAGCUCCGACUCAGCACUGGCUGCGGCAGCCAUCAACUGGACCAUCGUCACCCUGACCCUAAAAUUCUGGGGUCAGUCAUUGAUGGUCUUACGGUCGAGAAGGAAAGAUUACGGCUCUGGAACGAUAGAAUGAUUGGUAAAGAGCUCGACGGCAUGGGUUUCCACGAGCUGAUGGUGUUUAAGAUAGUGAUACAAAAUGCUUUGUUCAAAGUGACGGAUGAGAAGUAUAGGAGCAACUCGGUUCUUUUGUGA